UGGCAGGUCAGCCUCGUGCACCAGGCCUCCCUCCCCAGGACCACCACUCCGGCAUUCUUCGACGGGUGGAACCAAGUCCAGAAUCCCCACCACCCGAGGGAGAGCUGCAGCUACGCCUCCAGCCUGCCAUGAGCACGUUUGCAGAGGCUGGCUGACAAGCCUUCCAAGGGACGGGGGAAGGGUCUGCUCAGAACCGGCCCAAGUUGGGGUGGCUGGCUGCGGUGCAGCUCAGUGACAACCAUCUCUCCGAGACACUAAGGACCUCAAGUCCCAGCCUUCCCUUCACAUGCAUGUGCCUGCCGUCACCCUGUGGCCAUCUGCUGCAGAGACCGUCCUCAUCAGAAAGCCAUCAGAAAGCCGUAGAGACUUGAACCAAAGACUUACUCCUGUUCUGUAUGCUUCUCUCAGGUGCGCAGGUAGUGAGCGCCAUCCGGUGGGCGCUGAACACAGUAGUCGACGCCCAGCAGACGCCCGGCAGACGCCCAGAAAAAGAGUCUCUCGCGGUGUGGACAUGGAUAACCUUCUCCAUUUGCUCAGCUUUCUGCAAAACAGACCCACACUGCUUCCGGUGGUGCCUGUGAUGAGCUCUGCUCUUACAAACAUCUGGCUCACUUCAAAGAGCAUCACCUUUCUUUCUAGAGAUGGAUUUAUCGUUUAAGUUGGAUUUCUGUGAGCUGUGUGGCAAACCGUGAAAGCUGUGCAUCUGGGGAUAUGGACGUGACUUCCCCAGUGCCCGCCUUGGGCAUGGAGACGCACCCCGGCACCUCCAACAGCACCCCCCCAGAGCUCAACCUGUCCCGCGCACUCACUGGCACCGUCCUGGCGAACCAGACAGGAGAGCUCUCCGAGCACCAGCAGUACGUGAUUGGGCUUUUCCUCUCCUGCCUGUACACCAUCUUCCUCUUCCCCAUCGGCUUCGUGGGGAACAUCCUGAUACUGGUGGUGAACCUCAGCUUCCGGGAAAAGAUGACAAUCCCGGACUUGUACUUUAUCAACCUGGCGGCGGCUGACCUCAUCCUGGUGGCCGACUCCCUGAUUGAGGUGUUCAACCUGGACGAGCAGUACUAUGACAUCACUGUGCUGUGCACCUUCAUGUCCCUCUUCCUGCAGAUCAACAUGUACAGCAGCAUCUUCUUCCUCACGUGGAUGAGCUUUGACCGGUACAUCGCCCUGGCCAAGGCCAUGCGCUCCAGCCUGUUCCGCACCAAGCACCACGCCAGGCUGAGCUGCGGCCUCAUCUGGAUGGCCUCUGUCUCUGCCACGCUGGUGCCCUUCACUGCGGUGCACCUGCAGCACACGGAGGAGGUCUGCUUCUGCUUUGCAGACGUCAAGGAGAUCCAGUGGCUGGAAGUCACCUUGGGUUUCAUCAUCCCCUUUGCCAUCAUUGGCCUGUGCUACUCGCUCAUCGUCCGGGUGCUCAUCAAAGCUCACAAACACCGAGGCCUGCGCCCGAGGAGGCAGAAAGCCCUCCGCAUGAUCUUCGCAGUGGUCCUCGUGUUCUUCAUCUGCUGGUUGCCAGAGAACGUCUUCAUCAGCGUCCACCUGCUGCAGCGCACACAGCCAGGAGCUGCUCCCUGCACGCAGUCUUUCCGCCACGCCUACCCGCUAACUGGCCACAUCGUCAACCUGGCGGCUUUCUCCAACAGCUGUCUGAACCCCCUCAUCUACAGCUUUCUGGGGGAGACUUUUCGGGACAAACUGAGGCUGUACAUUGAGCAGAAAACCAACAUGUCAGCUCUGAACCGUUUCUGCCAUGCUGCCCUGAAGGCAGUCAUCCCAGACAGCACCGAGCCGUCGGAUGUGAAGUUCAGCAGCGCCGUAUAGAGGCGGCCAAGCAGUGUCAGCACAGGCCCAACACUGUGUCACCCCAGGGCAAGGCGGGAGGAAGGGCUGGGCCACACCGUGCCCUGAGCCCCGUCAGAACUUGCCAGCCCGCCUGUGCCCCAGCUGUGGGCACACGUGGGCUCUGAGGAGCCCACACUGCAAGCCACCCUGACUUUGGGCCGAGCACACAGCACUGGGGCUCCCCACCCACAUCACGGCUGCGGGGCAUGGGGCUGGUGUGAGCGGGCGCCGGGCAUGGGGGCCACUCUGCACACAUUGUGCCCCACAGCAAAGGAUGUUUCUCACGUUGGCCAAUGAAAGCAAAACCAAGGAGACAUUUUGGAGGCAAGACCUUAGUUUCAAGGUCGAUCUGCCAUAAAUCUGCCACCCUUGGGAGACAGAACACACUCAGCGGAUCUGAACUGGAUACUGUGGUCCAUCCCCCACGUCUGUGGCCUAUGGUUUAUUAUGCGUACUAACAAGCGCACUUGAGUUAGAGGGGAAUGGAGAAGCGCUUCUCCCAGGCACACCCCUCAGAGCGGCCCCUCGCCGACAGCAACUGCGUGACCCUGAGCACUCGGGCCGCCUCAGCCGGAAGGCUCUUCUGCAACCAGAGACCCCCCUGCUGUCCGAGUCGCCGGCCCAGUGCUGCCCGUUUGUGGGUGUCUCUGCACCUACACCACCAGGGAAGGAGCCCAUGGGGGUACAGCCUGGGGAGAAAGAUGACGGCAACGUAUACAGUUUUCCUUAAAACGUACAAAAGAAAAACUAGUGAUUGCUAAGAACGUCCAGCCUUUCUCAAUAAAACAUAGUCACGUCCUGA